UAUGUCUCAAAUUCUAUGUUCCCUAGUGGAGAGACAGCCAACAGGAAGGGAUGUUGUGUUCUUGUUGGAUGGAUCUGAUGGUACUAGAAGUGGAUUCCCAGCUAUGCGAGACUUUGUCCAAAGAGUAGUAGAGAAACUCAGUGUGGAUGACAACAAAGAUCGUGUCUCAGUGGUUCAGUACAGCAGAGAUCCAGCUGUCCAUUUCUAUCUGAACACGUACACGACAAAAGGCGAGAUCCUUGACACUGUCAGAGGUUUGAGGCACAAAGGCGGAAGACCACUCAACACUGGAGCAGCUCUCCAGUACCUGAGGGAAAAUGUCUUCACGGCCUCUGCCGGAAGCAGGCGCCUGGAAGAAGUUCCACAAGUCCUGAUAUUGCUAAGUGGUGGAAGGUCUUCUGACAGUGUUGAUGCACCAGCCUCUGCUCUCAAACAGCUGGGUGUCUUGACCUUUGCAAUUGGAACCAGGAACUCUGAUAGCAGAGAACUGCAGAAAAUAUCCCAUGACGCCAAUUCUGCUCUGUCUGUGUCUGAAUUCACUGACCUUCCCCGUAUCCUACAGCAACUUCAGUCCUCCGUGGAGGCUGUGGUUAUUGACGUCACCCCCAGAAUCACCAACUGUGCUUGUUGACACUGCCAAAAAGGAUAUUGUAUUCCUUCUGGAUGGUUCUGAUAGCACACGGAACGGCUUCCCUGCCAUGCGUGAUUUUGUGGAGAAAGUGGUGGAGAAACUCAAUGUGGGAGAAAACAAAGACCGUGUCUCUGUAGUCCAGUACAGCAGAGAUGCAGAGGUCCAUUUCGAUCUGAAAACAUACACCACAAGCGAGGAUAUUUUGGAUUCAGUCAGAGGACUGAGACACAGAGGUGGCAGACCCCUCAACACCGGGGCAGCCCUCCAAUAUGUCAGGGACAACGUCUUUACAGACUCCUCCGGGAGUAGGCGCCUGCAAGGUGUUCCACAGAUGUUGAUCCUGCUAAAUGGUGGAAGAUCUUUUGACAAAGUAGAUACUCCAGCCUCUGCUCUCAAACAGCAGGGCAUCUUUGUGAUUGGCAUUGGAACCAGGAACUCUGACAGUGGAGAGCUGCAGAAAAUAUCAUAUGACCCUAAAUAUGCUCUAUCAGUGUCUGAGUUCACUGACCUCCCCAGUGUCCAAGAACAGCUCUCCUCUAUAAUGAGCACAGCGCUAAUGAGGGCCACACCCAUAACACCAACAAUAUCUGUGGAGAGACAGCCAACAGGAAGGGAUGUUGUGUUCUUGUUGGAUGGAUCUGAUGGUACUAGAAGUGGAUUCCCAGCUAUGCGAGACUUUGUCCAAAGAGUAGUAGAGAAACUCAGUGUGGAUGACAACAAAGAUCGUGUCUCAGUGGUUCAGUACAGCAGAGAUCCAGCUGUCCAGUUCUAUCUGAACACGUACACGACAAAAGGUGAGAUCCUUGACACUGUCAGAGGUUUGAGGCACAAAGGCGGAAUACCCCUCAACACUGGAGCAGCUCUCCAGUACCUGAGGGAUAAUGUCUUCACGGCCUCUGCCGGAAGCAGGCGCCUGGAAGAAGUUCCACAAGUCCUGAUAUUGCUAAGUGGUGGAAGGUCUUCUGACAGUGUUGAUGCACCAGCCUCUGCUCUCAAACAGCUGGGUGUCUUGACCUUUGCAAUUGGAACCAGGAACUCUGAUAGCAGAGAACUGCAGAAAAUAUCCCAUGACGCCAAUUCUGCUCUGUCUGUGUCUGAAUUCACUGACCUUCCCCGUAUCCUACACCAACUUCAGUCCUCCGUGGAGGCUGUGGUUAUUGACGUCACCCCAGAAUCACCAACUGUGCUUGUUGACACUGCCAAAAAGGAUAUUGUAUUCCUUCUGGAUGGUUCUGAUAGCACACGGAACGGCUUCCCUGCCAUGCGUGAUUUUGUGGAGAAAGUGGUGGAGAAACUCAAUGUGGGAGAAAACAAAGACCGUGUCUCUGUAGUCCAGUACAGCAGAGAUGCAGAGGUCCAUUUCGAUCUGAAAACAUACACCACAAGCGAGGAUAUUUUGGAUUCAGUCAGAGGACUGAGACACAGAGGUGGCAGACCCCUCAACACCGGGGCAGCCCUCCAAUAUGUCAAGGACAACGUCUUUACAGACUCCUCCGGGAGCAGGCGCCUGGAAGGUGUUCGACAGAUGUUGAUCCUGCUAAAUGGUGGAAGAUCUUUUGACAAAGUAGAUACUCCAGCCUCUGCUCUCAAACAGCAGGGCAUCUUUGUGAUUGGCAUUGGAACCAGGAACUCUGACAGUGGAGAGCUGCAGAAAAUAUCAUAUGACCCUAAAUAUGCUCUAUCAGUGUCCGAGUUCACUGACCUCCCCAGUGUCCAAGAACAGCUCUCCUCUAUAAUGAGCACAGCGCUAAUGAGGGCCACACCCAUAACACCAACAAUAUCUGUGGAGAGACAGCCAACAGGAAGGGAUGUUGUGUUCUUGUUGGAUGGAUCUGAUGGUACUAGAAGUGGAUUCCCAGCUAUGCGAGACUUUGUCCAAAGAGUAGUAGAGAAACUCAGUGUGGAUGACAACAAAGAUCGUGUCUCAGUGGUUCAGUACAGCAGAGAUCCAGCUGUCCAGUUCUAUCUGAACACGUACACGACAAAAGGCGAGAUCCUUGACACUGUCAGAGGUUUGAGGCACAAAGGCGGAAUACCCCUCAACACUGGAGCAGCUCUCCAGUACCUGAGGGAUAAUGUCUUCACGGCCUCUGCCGGAAGCAGGCGCCUGGAAGAAGUUCCACAAGUCCUGAUAUUGCUAAGUGGUGGAAGGUCUUCUGACAGUGUUGAUGCACCAGCCUCUGCUCUCAAACAGCUGGGUGUCUUGACCUUUGCAAUUGGAACCAGGAACUCUGAUAGCAGAGAACUGCAGAAAAUAUCCCAUGACGCCAAUUCUGCUCUGUCUGUGUCUGAAUUCACUGACCUUCCCCGUAUCCUACAGCAACUUCAGUCCUCCGUGGAGGCUGUGGUUAUUGACGUCACCCCAGAAUCACCAACUGUGCUUGUUGACACUGCCAAAAAGGAUAUUGUAUUCCUUCUGGAUGGUUCUGAUAGCACACGGAACGGCUUCCCUGCCAUGCGUGAUUUUGUGGAGAAAGUGGUGGAGAAACUCAAUGUGGGAGAAAACAAAGACCGUGUCUCUGUAGUCCAGUACAGCAGAGAUGCAGAGGUCCAUUUCGAUCUGAAAACAUACACCACAAGCGAGGAUAUUUUGGAUUCAGUCAGAGGACUGAGACACAGAGGUGGCAGACCCCUCAACACCGGGGCAGCCCUCCAAUAUGUCAGGGACAACGUCUUUACAGACUCCUCCGGGAGUAGGCGCCUGCAAGGUGUUCCACAGAUGUUGAUCCUGCUAAAUGGUGGAAGAUCUUUUGACAAAGUAGAUACUCCAGCCUCUGCUCUCAAACAGCAGGGCAUCUUUGUGAUUGGCAUUGGAACCAGGAACUCUGACAGUGGAGAGCUGCAGAAAAUAUCAUAUGACCCUAAAUACGCUCUAUCAGUGUCUGAGUUCACUGACCUCCCCAGUGUCCAAGAACAGCUCUCCUCUAUAAUGAGCACAGCGCUAAUGAGGGCCACACCCAUAACACCAACAAUAUCUGUGGAGAGACAGCCAACAGGAAGGGAUGUUGUGUUCUUGUUGGAUGGAUCUGAUGGUACUAGAAGUGGAUUCCCAGCUAUGCGAGACUUUGUCCAAAAAGUAGUAGAGAAACUCAGUGUGGAUGACAACAAAGAUCGUGUCUCAGUGGUUCAGUACAGCAGAGAUCCAGCUGUCCAGUUCUAUCUGAACACGUACAAGACAAAAGGCGAGAUCCUUGACACUGUCAGAGGUUUGAGGCACAAAGGCGGAAGACCCCUCAACACUGGAGCAGCUCUCCAGUACCUGAGGGAUAAUGUCUUCACGGCCUCUGCCGGAAGCAGGCGCCUGGAAGAAGUUCCACAAGUCCUGAUAUUGCUAAGUGGUGGAAGGUCUUCUGACAGUGUUGAUGCACCAGCCUCUGCUCUCAAACAGCUGGGUGUCUUGACCUUUGCAAUUGGAACCAGGAACUCUGAUAGCAGAGAACUGCAGAAAAUAUCCCAUGACGCCAAUUCUGCUCUGUCUGUGUCUGAAUUCACUGACCUUCCCCGUAUCCUACAGCAACUUCAGUCCUCCGUGGAGGCUGUGGUUAUUGACGUCACCCCAGAAUCACCAACUGUGCUUGUUGACACUGCCAAAAAGGAUAUUGUAUUCCUUCUGGAUGGUUCUGAUAGCACACGGAACGGCUUCCCUGCCAUGCGUGAUUUUGUGGAGAAAGUGGUGGAGAAACUCAAUGUGGGAGAAAACAAAGACCGUGUCUCUGUAGUCCAGUACAGCAGAGAUGCAGAGGUCCAUUUCGAUCUGAAAACAUACACCACAAGCGAGGAUAUUUUGGAUUCAGUCAGAGGACUGAGACACAGAGGUGGCGGACCCCUAAACACCGGGGCAGCCCUCCAAUAUGUCAAGGACAACGUCUUUACAGACUCCUCCGGGAGCAGGCGCCUGGAAGGUGUUCGACAGAUGUUGAUCCUGCUAAAUGGUGGAAGAUCUUUUGACAAAGUAGAUACUCCAGCCUCUGCUCUCAAACAGCAGGGCAUCUUUGUGAUUGGCAUUGGAACCAGGAACUCUGACAGUGGAGAGCUGCAGAAAAUAUCAUAUGACCCUAAAUAUGCUCUAUCAGUGUCCGAGUUCACUGACCUCCCCAGUGUCCAAGAACAGCUCUCCUCUAUAAUGAGCACAGCGCUAAUGAGGGCCACACCCAUAACACCAACAAUAUCUGUGGAGAGACAGCCAACAGGAAGGGAUGUUGUGUUCUUGUUGGAUGGAUCUGAUGGUACUAGAAGUGGAUUCCCAGCUAUGCGAGACUUUGUCCAAAGAGUAGUAGAGAAACUCAGUGUGGAUGACAACAAAGAUCGUGUCUCAGUGGUUCAGUACAGCAGAGAUCCAGCUGUCCAGUUCUAUCUGAACACGUACACGACAAAAGGCGAGAUCCUUGACACUGUCAGAGGUUUGAGGCACAAAGGCGGAAUACCCCUCAACACUGGAGCAGCUCUCCAGUACCUGAGGGAUAAUGUCUUCACGGCCUCUGCCGGAAGCAGGCGCCUGGAAGAAGUUCCACAAGUCCUGAUAUUGCUAAGUGGUGGAAGGUCUUCUGACAGUGUUGAUGCACCAGCCUCUGCUCUCAAACAGCUGGGUGUCUUGACCUUUGCAAUUGGAACCAGGAACUCUGAUAGCAGAGAACUGCAGAAAAUAUCCCAUGACGCCAAUUCUGCUCUGUCUGUGUCUGAAUUCACUGACCUUCCCCGUAUCCUACAGCAACUUCAGUCCUCCGUGGAGGCUGUGGUUAUUGACGUCACCCCAGAAUCACCAACUGUGCUUGUUGACACUGCCAAAAAGGAUAUUGUAUUCCUUCUGGAUGGUUCUGAUAGCACACGGAACGGCUUCCCUGCCAUGCGUGAUUUUGUGGAGAAAGUGGUGGAGAAACUCAAUGUGGGAGAAAACAAAGACCGUGUCUCUGUAGUCCAGUACAGCAGAGAUGCAGAGGUCCAUUUCGAUCUGAAAACAUACACCACAAGCGAGGAUAUUUUGGAUUCAGUCAGAGGACUGAGACACAGAGGUGGCAGACCCCUCAACACCGGGGCAGCCCUCCAAUAUGUCAGGGACAACGUCUUUACAGACUCCUCCGGGAGUAGGCGCCUGCAAGGUGUUCCACAGAUGUUGAUCCUGCUAAAUGGUGGAAGAUCUUUUGACAAAGUAGAUACUCCAGCCUCUGCUCUCAAACAGCAGGGCAUCUUUGUGAUUGGCAUUGGAACCAGGAACUCUGACAGUGGAGAGCUGCAGAAAAUAUCAUAUGACCCUAAAUACGCUCUAUCAGUGUCUGAGUUCACUGACCUCCCCAGUGUCCAAGAACAGCUCUCCUCUAUAAUGAGCACAGCGCUAAUGAGGGCCACACCCAUAACACCAACAAUAUCUGUGAAGAGACAGCCAACAGGAAGGGAUGUUGUGUUCUUGUUGGAUGGAUCUGAUGGUACUAGAAGUGGAUUCCCAGCUAUGCGAGACUUUGUCCAAAGAGUAGUAGAGAAACUCAGUGUGGAUGACAACAAAGAUCGUGUCUCAGUGGUUCAGUACAGCAGAGAUCCAGCUGUCCAGUUCUAUCUGAACACGUACAAGACAAAAGGCGAGAUCCUUGACACUGUCAGAGGUUUGAGGCACAAAGGCGGAAGACCCCUCAACACUGGAGCAGCUCUCCAGUACCUGAGGGAUAAUGUCUUCACGGCCUCUGCCGGAAGCAGGCGCCUGGAAGAAGUUCCACAAGUCCUGAUAUUGCUAAGUGGUGGAAGGUCUUCUGACAGUGUUGAUGCACCAGCCUCUGCUCUCAAACAGCUGGGUGUCUUGACCUUUGCAAUUGGAAACAGGAACUCUGAUAGCAGAGAACUGCAGAAAAUAUCCCAUGAUGCCAAUUCUUCUAUGUCUGUGUCUGAAUUCACUGACCUUCCCCGUAUCCUACAGCAACUUCAGUCCUCCGUGGAGGCUGUGGUUAUUGACGUCUCCCCAGAAUCAACAACUGUGCUUGUUGACACUGCCAAAAAGGAUAUUGUAUUCCUUCUGGAUGGUUCUGAUAGCACACGGAACGGCUUCCCUGCCAUGCGUGAUUUUGUGGAGAAAGUGGUGGAGAAACUCAAUGUGGGAGAAAACAAAGACCGUGUCUCUGUAGUCCAGCGCCUGGAAGGUGUUCGACAGAUGUUGAUCCUGCUAAAUGGUGGAAGAUCUUUUGACAAAGUAGAUACUCCAGCCUCUGCUCUCAAACAGCAGGGCAUCUUUGUGAUUGGCAUUGGAACCAGGAACUCUGACAGUGGAGAGCUGCAGAAAAUAUCAUAUGACCCUAAAUAUGCUCUAUCAGUGUCCGAGUUCACUGACCUCCCCAGUGUCCAAGAACAGCUCUCCUCUAUAAUGAGCACAGCGCUAAUGAGGGCCACACCCAUAACACCAACAAUAUCUGUGGAGAGACAGCCAACAGGAAGGGAUGUUGUGUUCUUGUUGGAUGGAUCUGAUGGUACUAGAAGUGGAUUCCCAGCUAUGCGAGACUUUGUCCAAAGAGUAGUAGAGAAACUCAGUGUGGAUGACAACAAAGAUCGUGUCUCAGUGGUUCAGUACAGCAGAGAUCCAGCUGUCCAGUUCUAUCUGAACACGUACACGACAAAAGGCGAGAUCCUUGACACUGUCAGAGGUUUGAGGCACAAAGGCGGAAUACCCCUCAACACUGGAGCAGCUCUCCAGUACCUGAGGGAUAAUGUCUUCACGGCCUCUGCCGGAAGCAGGCGCCUGGAAGAAGUUCCACAAGUCCUGAUAUUGCUAAGUGGUGGAAGGUCUUCUGACAGUGUUGAUGCACCAGCCUCUGCUCUCAAACAGCUGGGUGUCUUGACCUUUGCAAUUGGAACCAGGAACUCUGAUAGCAGAGAACUGCAGAAAAUAUCCCAUGACGCCAAUUCUGCUCUGUCUGUGUCUGAAUUCACUGACCUUCCCCGUAUCCUACAGCAACUUCAGUCCUCCGUGGAGGCUGUGGUUAUUGACGUCACCCCAGAAUCACCAACUGUGCUUGUUGACACUGCCAAAAAGGAUAUUGUAUUCCUUCUGGAUGGUUCUGAUAGCACACGGAACGGCUUCCCUGCCAUGCGUGAUUUUGUGGAGAAAGUGGUGGAGAAACUCAAUGUGGGAGAAAACAAAGACCGUGUCUCUGUAGUCCAGUACAGCAGAGAUGCAGAGGUCCAUUUCGAUCUGAAAACAUACACCACAAGCGAGGAUAUUUUGGAUUCAGUCAGAGGACUGAGACACAGAGGUGGCAGACCCCUCAACACUGGGGCAGCCCUCCAAUAUGUCAGGGACAACGUCUUUACAGACUCCUCCGGGAGUAGGCGCCUGCAAGGUGUUCCACAGAUGUUGAUCCUGCUAAAUGGUGGAAGAUCUUUUGACAAAGUAGAUACUCCAGCCUCUGCUCUCAAACAGCAGGGCAUCUUUGUGAUUGGCAUUGGAACCAGGAACUCUGACAGUGGAGAGCUGCAGAAAAUAUCAUAUGACCCUAAAUACGCUCUAUCAGUGUCUGAGUUCACUGACCUCCCCAGUGUCCAAGAACAGCUCUCCUCUAUAAUGAGCACAGCGCUAAUGAGGGCCACACCCAUAACACCAACAAUAUCUGUGGAGAGACAGCCAACAGGAAGGGAUGUUGUGUUCUUGUUGGAUGGAUCUGAUGGUACUAGAAGUGGAUUCCCAGCUAUGCGAGACUUUGUCCAAAGAGUAGUAGAGAAACUCAGUGUGGAUGACAACAAAGAUCGUGUCUCAGUGGUUCAGUACAGCAGAGAUCCAGCUGUCCAGUUCUAUCUGAACACGUACAAGACAAAAGGCGAGAUCCUUGACACUGUCAGAGGUUUGAGGCACAAAGGCGGAAGACCCCUCAACACUGGAGCAGCUCUCCAGUACCUGAGGGAUAAUGUCUUCACGGCCUCUGCCGGAAGCAGGCGCCUGGAAGAAGUUCCACAAGUCCUGAUAUUGCUAAGUGGUGGAAGGUCUUCUGACAGUGUUGAUGCACCAGCCUCUGCUCUCAAACAGCUGGGUGUCUUGACCUUUGCAAUUGGAAACAGGAACUCUGAUAGCAGAGAACUGCAGAAAAUAUCCCAUGAUGCCAAUUCUUCUAUGUCUGUGUCUGAAUUCACUGACCUUCCCCGUAUCCUACAGCAACUUCAGUCCUCCGUGGAGGCUGUGGUUAUUGACGUCUCCCCAGAAUCAACAACUGUGCUUGUUGACACUGCCAAAAAGGAUAUUGUAUUCCUUCUGGAUGGUUCUGAUAGCACACGGAACGGCUUCCCUGCCAUGCGUGAUUUUGUGGAGAAAGUGGUGGAGAAACUCAAUGUGGGAGAAAACAAAGACCGUGUCUCUGUAGUCCAGUACAGCAGAGAUGCAGAGGUCCAUUUCGAUCUGAAAACAUACACCACAAGCGAGGAUAUUUUGGAUUCAGUCAGAGGACUGAGACACAGAGGUGGCGGACCCCUAAACACCGGGGCAGCCCUCCAAUAUGUCAAGGACAACGUCUUUACAGACUCCUCCGGGAGCAGGCGCCUGGAAGGUGUUCGACAGAUGUUGAUCCUGCUAAAUGGUGGAAGAUCUUUUGACAAAGUAGAUACUCCAGCCUCUGCUCUCAAACAGCAGGGCAUCUUUGUGAUUGGCAUUGGAACCAGGAACUCUGACAGUGGAGAGCUGCAGAAAAUAUCAUAUGACCCUAAAUAUGCUCUAUCAGUGUCCUGA